AUGAAACUCCUUUCACUCAUUUCCAUGAUUGCUGGACUUUCUCUCUCUUUAGAGGACUGUCCACCUCGCUGUAAGUGUGAUGGGAACAUCAACAGUGUUUCAUGUGUUGGAGUACAGGCGAUGCCUUUCUUUGAUCCUUCCACACAAGAGGUGUGGCUUGUGAGGACAAACAUUUCUUCCAUUCCUCAAAAUGCGUUUGCCAAUUUACUCAACGUUUCUCACAUAUACAUCACUGAUGAUGACUCUUUGAGAUCUCUUGAGAAGCAUUCUUUUUACAACCUGUCCACUGUCACAGACAUAAAGCUAAACGGCAUUAAAACACUGUCAUUCAUUGAUCAAGAGGCUUUUAAGGAACUUCCAAACUUAAACUAUCUAGGAAUCACUAACACAGCUCUUACCUCACUUCCUGUGCUAGAGUUUAUUCAAUCAAGACGAGAAGAUUUUAUUUUGGAAAUAGUGGAUAAUGUCUUCAUGAAGGUCAUUCCUGCUAAUUCGUUUGCUGGAAUGUCCAUGAAUUCUCUUACUAUCAUGCUGAAUAACAAUGGUUUAAGAGAGAUCCAAAGCUAUGCUUUUAAUGGGAGCAGACUGGAGGAAGUGUACCUUCACAGGAAUGUGGAUUUGGAACAUAUAGAUGAAUUUGCUUUUUAUGGUGUGAUUCAUGGCCCAACUCACUUGGAUCUUUCAGAAACCAAAGUGCACUCUUUGCCUUCAGUAGGUAUGGACAACAUUGAGAAACUCCGACUGAACAAAACAUGGGCCCUCAAAGCACUGCCCCCAUUAAGUGCAUUUCUUCAUUUGCAGAGUGCACAUUUAACCUUUCCAAGUCACUGUUGUGGCCUUAAAAAGCUUCAAAGAUUAAGAAGACACACAGAAGCAGUUUUCUGCAACCUGACCAGGGCUGGUUUGGGAAAGCUUAAGGAAUCUUCUCCUGUUGUCUCGCAGAAGUUUCCAGAACACCAAAUCUCCCAAUAUCUGCAAAACAGCGUUAAUGUUCCAAAUACUGGCAGCACAAAUUACAAUUUGAACAACAAUAACAUUGCUUGUGCAACCGAAGUGUCUCAGGAUGAGGGUUUUUUUUCAGCGGAUUUAGCCGUAGAGCGGCUCAGAGAUGAUUUUGACAAUAGUCUGUGUGAUGAUUAUGACAAAGAUGAUGGACCUUUAUGCACACCUCUGCCUGACGCCUUAAACCCCUGUGAGGAUGUGAUGAGUCAAGGCUUUCUGAAGGUUUUAGUCUGGGUAGUUAGUUUGUUAGCUAUCUCAGCCAACUCUUUGGUGCUGCUAACCCUGUUGACUUGCCAACAAAAGUUGUCCGUCACCCGUUUCCUAUUGGGUCACCUGGCCUUUGCAGAUGGAUGUAUGGGAAUGUACCUAAUACUCAUUGCAUUUGUUGAUUUCUACACACAUUCUCGUUAUUAUCAUUAUGCCAUUUCCUGGCAGACAGGAAGUGGGUGUAAUCUGGCAGGGAUUUUAUCCGUCUUUGCUAGUGAGUUAUCUGUAUACACAUUAACUUUAAUCAGUUUUCAGCGCUGGCAUGCCAUUUUUAAUGCAAUGAGGCCAGAUAGACAAAUGAGGUUGCGACACACAGCUGUUCUGAUGCUCAUAGGGUGGUUGCUUUGCGUGACCAUAGCUCUUCUGCCAGUACUUGGUGUGAACUCCUACCAGAAAGUGAGCAUUUGUUUGCCCAUGGACACAGAGACAACUCUUGCCCGGGCUUAUAUAGUUUCUGUCUUGAUGAGUAAUGUCAUUGCUUUUGUAGUUGUUUGCUUAUGUUACCUUCACAUCUACUGUAUGGUGCACAAUCCCCAGCAUCAUUCCAGCAGAUUUGAUACCAGUAUGGCAAAACGUAUGGCUGUUCUUAUUUUUACCAACUUUCUGUGUCUAGCUCCCAUUUGCUUUUACGGAUUGUCUGCAGCCUUCCACCAACCCCUGAUGACCGUCACAGAUUCUAAGGUGCUGCUUGUGCUUUUCUAUCCACUCAACUCUUGUGCACACCCAUUUUUUUAUGCUAUUCUAACAAAAGCAUUUCAUAGAGACAUCCUGAUGUUGCUUAGUCGCAUAGGGCUGUGCAAGCGGCAAGCAUACUUCCAUCGAAGCCAACUUAUCAGCAUUACUCCUCAUAUUUACAGGGAGACAAUGCUUGCCCUCCCGUCAAAACACCAACAUCCCAAAACAUUUUAGAAUUAAAACCUAAAAUAAGAUAUUGUGGGGUUUUUUGUCCAUUUUUACAGUGCUUUCAUUGGUAUAGACUUUGUGUUAGUGUGGUGCUUUAUUUGUAAUGUGCUAGUUGUUAAGAUUGAAAUGCAAAUGUAUCCAGCAAAGUUGUCUAGCUUGUUUUUUAUUCACAUUUUAGUUUCUGAAAUUUUAGCUGCUUGGAUUUGACAUAUUUAAUUUUUGAGUCAUUCACAACAAAAACAUUAAAAGCUGAAGGCAACUUUUCUGAAUAUUACUACAGUUUAAUCCGUAUCUGAUUUGUCUUGCAUUGCAACCGUUCAUCCAUUUUCAUCAAGUAGAAGGAUUGAUAAAUCCAAGGCAUCUCUUUGCUCAACAACACUAUCCAGCUUCUCCUGGGUAAAGUCCAGCAACCCCUAUGAGGUAAAA